AUGGAACUAGAACUCAGUACUAGAAUCGUGUCAGCAAAAGAAAGUGAAAAACGAUUUGUGAAAUUGGAACAGAAGCAGUUGCAAAAUGAUAAAGAGAAGAGUAACUAUAUUGUCUCGAUGCUAGCACAACUAAAUCAAGGAAAUCAAACAGUCUCACAAAAUGAUAAUACUCCAGCUUCUGAUAUAUCUGAUAAAGCUUUAAAUUCUGAUAUGACUCAAGAGACAAAGACUCAGCUGGAGAUAUACAAUGAACGAAUUAGUAAUGAGAUUAGAGAGAUAAAUCGAGAAAAAAAGUUAUUACAGAGUGAUGAAGCUUCCAAUUCUCAGAACUCUGGCUUAUCUUCAGAUAUUUCUUCUGAAAUAAAGAUAAAGAUGAAAACACCUGAAAUAGAUAUACAGCCUUUGGUACAGGAAUUAUUUCUAGAACUUUCAGAAGCCCAUACGGAAGAGACUGGGCUCGAUCCCUGGGUAAAGCCUGAAUCUUCACGAAUCGAAAAGGAUACUGAUGAUCAUAUCUUACAGGACAGUUUACCGGAAACUCAGAUAGUAGCGCCAAACAAAAUUUACACCUCCUCAAUUUCCAAGAUUGAUCCAAACAAAAAUCGCCUUUAUCAGUAUGCCAUCGAACAUGGAAUAAAUCCCAAAGAAUUUUCGAUUAUUACAGAGGCUGAGAAAAAUAGGUGGACCAUGGAAUGUUUUCAUCGGGAGAGGCUGGUCGGUGAAGAGUUAUUACGUCAAGCUAUACUAAAAAGUGGUUUGAGUACUGCAUGGCUCGAUGAUCUUAUGGAAAAAAUCCAUGCUCAAUUCACACAGAUAUCUUUUGAGGAAAAGACUUUAUUUGUACUGUGGGUAAAUAUUCAAUCUACACCAUCUAAACGACAAUUCCCAAUUUCUGUUCUACCAAGCAAUCCCGAAGAAAUGCAACAACACGUUAUUAACAUGGUAGUAGAGUGA